AGAGCCUCCCACCAUUGCAAACAAGUUCCCCCGGCGCCACUCAGAGCCACAGAACAGACACGUGAACAUGGCGGCUCGAUUCCUCAACCGUGUGGCCGGCAUCGGCGCUACCGUCGGCAUCGGCGGAUUCUGCCUUCAGGAGUGCAUCUACGACGUGGACGGCGGUCACCGCGCUGUGAUCUUCGACCGUAAGGACGGUAUCCUUGACAAGUCCGUGGGCGAGGGUACGCACUUCAAGAUCCCCUUCUUCCAGUACCCGACGAUUCUGGACGUUCGCUCCAACUACCGUCUCAUCAGCUCGCGCACAGGAACUAAGGACCUGCAAAACGUUAACAUCUCGCUGCGUUGCUUGUACCGACCAAAUGCUGAAAAGCUCUCGCACAUCUACGCCGAGUACGGCGCUGACUACGCCGACCGGAUCCUGCCGUCCGUGGGUAACGAGGUGCUUAAGUCCAUCGUGGCUCAGUACGACGCCGUGGAGUUGCUGGCCCGUCGUGACCAGGUGUCGCGUCAGAUCGCCAAGGAGAUGAACGACCGUUGCCGCAACUUUUUCCUGCUGCUGGACGACGUGUCCCUCACCCACCUCGAGUACGGCCCGGAGUUCACCCGUGCCGUCGAGCAGAAGCAGGUUGCCCAGCAGGAUGCUGAGCGUCAGAAGUUCGUGGUUAUGCGCUCUGAGCAGGAGCGUAAGGCUACUGUCAUCAAGGCCGAGGGUGAGUCCGAGGCUGCCCGUCUCGUGUCUGACGCCGUCGCCAAGAGCGGCUCUGGUUUCAUUGAGGUCCAGCGUAUCGACGCCGCUCGCGAGAUUGCUGAGACGCUCGCCAAGUCGCGCAACGUCACGUACCUGCCCAACCAGGAGGGUGGCAACGGCGGCGUGCUUCUCGGUCUGCAGUAAGCGCAGCUGCGUUGCGCUUGCGAUGGAUGGUCGAUUCUGAGCUAGUUCGCAGGGUUUGCUCUCCUGUCGUGGUUGCUGUAAGGAAACCGUAGGAUAUUGGUGCUAGAUGAAAGAGACGGAACCAAUAAAGCAAUACACGGAGACAAAUGCUGUACAUAUGAAGGAAAGUUCGCUUGUCUACCAGUGACGUUGCCAUCGAUCUUUUUAACACUUCACAGUUUUACAGCAAUUUACAGUAUACCGUC